AUGCCUCAACUCAUCUGGCUAGUAACAGCAACCACCUCGGGCCUUGGUGCCGCUGUCGUGCAGAAUCUCACCACAAGAGGUGACCGUGUCGUUGCAACAGGCCGUGGAGUAACCGAGCGCCUCAAACACCUUCAAUCAGACGACGUGUUCCUUCUCAAUCUUGAUGUCACAGCACCUCGCGCUGAGAUCGCCGAGCAAGUAAAGAAAGCCUGGGGUGUGUGGGGACGUAUUGAUGUCCUCUUGAACAACGCUGGUAUCUCUGCACCUAAAAGCGUUGAGGAAGCCGACGACGACUUUGUACGCAACAUUUUCGACGUCAAUCUAUUUGGGACACUCCAUGUAGCCCAAGCAAUUCUUCCACAUUUCAGAGAACAAAAGAGUGGCACACUUGCCUUUAUUGGUGCUGGUGUUGGUUGGGGGCCUCUGCCCUUCUUGUCCCAUUACGCAGCUUCAAAAGCUGCCCUCGGCGCCUUUGUCGAAGGCUUAGCCAAAGAAGUGAGACGUUUCAACAUCCGCUGUAUCAUCUUCGAGCCAGGUGGUUUCCCAUCUCAGCUCGGCCAGCCAAGAGAAGGAUCCGUUGAAGGAUUUGGAAUGUACAAACCGGCCAUUGAUGCUUAUAACUCUGGUUUUGAGGAGAUGAUGGGUGUCUUUGCCAACGAUAUUGCACCCAGUGUCCCAGGGGAUAUCAGCAAGUUAUCGGAGCGUAUCGUGGACUGUGUCAAAGUCGAAGGGAUGAGUGCUGGCAGAGAUGAGCCAGUACGGGUUAUUCUGGGAAGUGAUGCGUUACGUCUGAUAGAGCAGAAGUGCAAAGAGCAACUAGAACUUGCAAGCACCUGGGAGGACGUCAGUCUAAGUACGGAUCGGGAUGGGCACAAUCAUGUGGCAAGCAAAGGGAUGCUACGUUAUUCAUCUAUUCUUUGA